GGGGCUUGUAGUCUAUUGACCCUCCAUAUUUGUACGUCAUUUCAUUUCUAUUUUCCCACAAUAGAGGCUGGGAAAGCAGCGGAUUUUAUAAGAUACUUUCAAGAUAUCACUCCGAGAUCUCAGAUAUCAGGUGCAAAAUGUCCUACGUCUUCAUCAACGACUCCCUGCAGACCACCGUGCCACUGCUGCAGGCCUGUAUCGACGGGGAUCUCGCUCACACUAAACAGCUCCUGGAGUCCGGAUUCGACCCAAACACCCGGGACUGCCGUGGACGGACCGGAUUGCAUCUGGCUGCUGCUCGGGGAAACGUGGAGAUCUGCUCUUUGCUGCAUAAGUUUGGUGCUGAUCUGUUGGCCACUGACUCACAGGGCAACACAGCACUGCAUAUGUGUGGCCAUGUAGACACCAUCCAGUUCCUGGUGUCCAACGGCCUCAAGAUUGACAUCUGUAAUCACAAUGGAGCCACUCCGCUGGUGCUGGCCAAGAGACGCGGUGUGAAUAAAGACGCGCUCCAUCUGCUGGAGGGGCUGGAGGAACAGGAAGUGAAGGGCUUCAACCGCAGCUCCCAUUCCAGUCUGGAGAAGAUGCACAUGGCUGAGAAUGAAAGUGCCAUGGAGAGCCACUCUCUUCUCAACCCACACCUGCAUCACAGCGAUGGCGUGCUGUCCAGCUUCCGCACUACAUGGCAGGAGUUUGUGGAAGAUCUUGGUUUCUGGCGAGUGCUCUUGCUGCUCCUCGUCAUUGCUCUGCUCUCACUCGGCAUUGCGUAUUACGUCAGUGGAGUCUUACCUUUCGCAUCUAAUCAGCUGGAGCUUGUGCACUAAUAUAAAAAUGUGAAAGCUCAUUAAAAACGAUUUUUUUU